CACACAUCUCGUGUACAGUGUGUAGUUAUUAGGAAUCGUUCAAAUAGAGCCCUCCAAAAUGCAAUCAUCCGUCGACCUUGUGUCCAGUGACAAUCCGUUAGGAACGUGGAGCAACAAUGCAUUUUCGUACGGCGGAUUUAGUGAUUACAGUGUGCCACCAUCGGAGUGGCUAAGUUCGUUCCCAACCGACCUGGAAUCGAGCCCGCUGGGCUACGAGAGCGAACUAGGAGCCAAAGAUCUGCCAUACGGUGCUAUGCAAGGUGGAGGAGGCCCUUAUCAACGUGCACCACCGAUCGAGGUGGCCGAGGCGGACUCUACUCAGCAAGGUGGCCUCUAUGCUUCAGCAAUGAUGCACCACGGAACCAACGGUGGUCCCGUGCACGGAUUCAAACAGCAGCCCCCCGUCGUCAUGCCGGUCCACUACGUAUCUCACGGCUUUUAUCCAUCGAACGGAUUGGGCGCCUCUGGAGCACCAACACUGGCCCAAUCGAGCAUCUAUCCGUCACCGCCGGGAUCGGUGCCGAAAAUGGAAUCUGGCGUGAACCACAACCUACCGUACGUGGUGUACAUGAAUGCCGAACAUGUUGGAUCACCAAUGGCGUACGGGCGGCGACAACCCGACAGCACACCAAUGGCAGCAUCGAGCGGUGGACAGUAUGGAUCACAUCAACCGACGUCCGAUCUAUACCAACCUUAUGCGAUUCAAACGCCAAGCUACGAAGACACCGUCGUAUCCGGUGCGACGGGAUCGCCUGCUUCAUCGAUCGAUACAGUUCCAUCGAUUGCGCCGAAAUACGAGCCUUGGCCUCCGGUUGGCCAUGGAUCCGAUCCGCUCUGUCAUCUUACCGCCAACGGGAAACACGAGUAUCUCUCAACCUACAGUCCGUCUUCGUCCAUUGCUGCGGGAAGCAGCAUCAAGGCGGAACUGCUCUCGGAUACGUCGCAGUCGCCACCGCCUCAGAUCAAGCAGGAGUACUCCCCACCGGAGCAGCAGUGCAUGCCCUUGGAAGCGGCUUACGAGAUGCUACCGGUAAACAGAACCGAUGGAGCGAUGCUCCAAGAGGAUCAGUAUAACCCCAAGACUCCGCCAUCGCGUAAAGCACCCCGCAUUACGGCCGAUAUGGGUCAGCGGUUUGUGUGUCCCGAAUGCAGCAGAACCUUCGCCCGCCAGUGCGGCCUAACGCAGCACAUCAAGUGGAACCACUCGGGUACGAAGCCAUUCCGCUGUUUUACCUGUGGGAAGUGCUUUGCUGACGAGGAUACGCUAUCAGCCCAUAUGGAGCGGCACACGUCGACCGACAAACCGUUUCAGUGUGCCGUCUGUCCGAAGGCUUUCUUCCACAAGAACGAUCUACGGCGGCACAUGUAUCAGCAUACCGGUACGGCACCGCACGUGUGCAAGUACUGUGGCAAAACGUUCGCCCGCAAGGACCAUUGCCACGCGCACGAGUAUUCGCACGAACGAAAGGCACAACGGCGCUCCGUAAAGAAGGGAAAGACUGGUCUUACCGGCGAGCAACUGAUGACCGUGCCCGCAGCAUCAUCACCGAUCACAACGCAACUACUCAGCGAAGACUGUGCACCACCGAUGAGACGCAAGUGCGAUUAGAUGUGGGUCUCAUUCCGGAGUGGAUCUUGGCCAGUGUAGCAACGAUGUGAUAAAAAAGGAUAGUACGGAUCACGCUAAGCGAGCACAGUAGAACAUUAGACCGAGCACUUGACCACGCAUGCCUUGGAUGUGCAAUUUGUAGCGAUAGGGACAGAUAUGAUUGUAUCAUAUGACGAUUAAGGCUUAAGGUAUAUCGUACCGUUUAUUGUGUUAAAGUUAGGUGGCUACGAAACGGAUUGAAUUCUAAAUUGACCAUUGUUUCCGGAAUAUAGUUUCAAGUGCCGCAACAGAAAUGAAGCUUCCCUCUUUUCUAUUCAAUGUGUAAAUUCCCCGUUAUAA